AUGAAGGUCUUGUUCCUCGCCCUCUGUGCGGUCUCCGUACUCGCGGACACCCUACGUGAGUUUGCAUGCUAAUCUCUGCAUUUUAACCUAUUUUCUUUAUAGCAUCUGUCACGAUAUGUCCCCCAGAAACACAGACGAUCUUUGUUCUCCAACACAAUCAGACAGUCGGAGCUCGUAUCCGAACCAUCCCUUCCUCGAACCUCGCUGAGUGCUCCGAUCACUGCGCCGCUUCCCUCGACUGCCAGGGAGUCGAGUUCAAGGAUGGCAGCUGCGCCGUGUUCCGUGCUGGAUCCGAGAAGGCCAUCAAGGGAAGUCAGCUUCUGACCAAGACCUGCGUCAAGAGUGACCGCGUCUGCCAGUCUCCAUUCCAAUUCGACGUCUUCGAGCAGAAGAUCCUUGUCGGAUUCGCCCGUGAAGUCGUGCCAGCCGAGAACAUUCAAGUGUGCAUGGCUGCCUGCCUCAACGCUUUCGACACCUUCGGAUUCGAGUGCGAGUCCGCCAUGUUCUACCCGGUCGAUCAGGAGUGCAUCCUCAACACUGAGGAUCGUCUCGACCGCCCGUCCCUAUUCGUCGAUGAGGCUGAUGACACCGUCAUCUACAUGGACAACAACUGCGCUGGAUGUAAGCUUAAAAGGGUCUGGAUGGAGCCAGAAUGUUUUCUUUUUCAGCGCAGUGCUAUCCACCAUACAUCACCCAGUACAUCGCUGUCGAAGGAAAGCAGCUGAAGAACGAGCUCGACCGCAUCAUUAACGUGGACCUCGACUCGUGCCAGGCCCUCUGCACUCAGCGUCUCUCCAUCUCUUCCAACGACUUCAACUGCAAAUCGUUCAUGUACAACAACCAGACCCGCACGUGCAUCCUCGCCGAUGAGCGCUCCAAGCCACUCGGACGUGCUGAUCUCGUGGCCACCGAAGGAUUCACUUACUUCGAGAAGAAGUGCUUCGCUUCUCCAAAUACUUGCCGCAACGUGCCAAGCUUCAAGCGUGUUCCACAAAUGAUCCUCGUCGGAUUCGCUGCCUUCGUCAUGGAGAAUGUUCCGUCGGUCACCAUGUGCCUCGACCAAUGCACCAAGUGAGUUUUCUGUUCACAAAAGCAUUAGAGACAGUAAAACUAUUUUUUCAGCCCACCACCAGAGACUGGAGAAGGAUUCGUGUGCAAAUCGGUCAUGUACUACUACAACGAGCAAGAGUGCAUCCUCAACUCGGAGACCAGAGAAAGCAAGCCAGAGCUGUUCAUCCCAGAAGGAGAGGAGUUCCUCGUCGACUACUUCGACAUCACCUGCCAUCUGAAGCAGGAGAAGUGCCCGACUGGCCAGCACCUCAAGGCUGUCCGCACCAUCAACGCCGCCCUGCCAGAGGGAGAAUCUGAGCUCCACGUGCUCAAGGCCUCCGCCGCCAAGGGAAUCAAGGAAUGCGUCGCCAAGUGCUUCGGACUCGCCCCAGAGAAGUGCCGCUCGUUCAACUACGAUAAGAAGACCAAAUCGUGCGAUCUGCUCUACCUCGACGGACACAACACUCUGCAGCCACAGGUCCGCCAGGGAGUCGACCUCUACGAUCUGCACUGCCUGACCGGUGAGUUUUCGUCCUUCCCGUCCAUUAUCCUUUCUUUCUUCUAACCUCUUGUCCUCCUCAAUUCCUCAGUUCCAAAGUUCCAAAGUCCGCCCUAAAUCUCUAAACGCUUUGUGUGUUUCCGUGUAAUUUUCGUGCUUCUCAUAGCUCUGCCUCUAGUGGAAAACGACUGUUCCGCCAACAAGGACGACGCCCUCUUCUCCCGCUACCUCCACACCAAGCAACGUGGAAUCCCCGCCAAGAGCUACAAGGUCGUCUCGCUCAACUCUUGCCUCGAGGUCUGCGCCGGAAACCCAACGUGAGAAAUUGAUCGAGCCCUCCUCUUUUCAUCUUUUUUUCUGAUUCAGUUGCGCCGGAGCCAACUACAACCGUCGUCUGGGAGACUGCUCUCUGUUCGACGCUGUUGAUGACGAUGCCGAGGUGAACGAGCACACCGACUUCUACAAGAACCUCUGCGUGACCAAGGAGGUCGACACUGGAGCUUCUGCCGCCGCCAACGUGCCAGAGACGAAGCACCGUGUCUCCGGAACCGUCGUCGAAGGAAAGGACUCGAAGGCUCAGCUGCUGGCCACGAAGAAGGUCAAGAAGCCAACGAUCAAGAACACCGAGCACCGUCGUGCCCCAGAAUCCACCGUUCCAAUCGGACCACCGGUCGAAGUGAAGGCUGAGUCCAUCCAAACCAUCUGCAACUACGAAGGCAUCAAGGUUCAAAUCAACAACGGAGAGCCGUUCAGCGGAGUGAUCUUCGUCAAGAACAAGUUCGAUACCUGCCGUGUCGAGGUCGCCAACUCUAAUGCCGCCACUCUCGUUCUCGGACUUCCAAAGGACUUCGGAAUGCGCCCGAUCUCUCUCGAUAACGUCGAUGACAACGAGACGGCAAAGAACAAGACGAAGAAGGAAGAGACUCCGCUGAAGGAGGAGAUCGAGGAGUUCCGGCAGAAAAGACAGGCCGCCGAGUUCCGCGACUGCGGACUCGUUGAUCUUCUCAACGGAACCUACAAAUCGACCGUCGUCAUCCAGACCAACAACCUCGGAAUCCCAGGACUCGUCACCUCAAUGGACCAGCUCUACGAGGUCUCCUGCGACUACUCUAGCAUGCUCGGAGGACGCGUUCAGGCCGGAUACAACAUGACCGUCACUGGUCCAGAAGCCAAUCUGAUCCAGCCACGCGGAAAGAUCGAGCUCGGAAACCCAGUGCUCAUGCAGCUUCUCAACGGAGACGGAACAGAACAGCCACUGGUUCAAGCCAAGCUAGGAGACAUUCUCGAGCUGCGCUGGGAGAUCAUGGCCAUGGACGACGAGCUCGACUUCUUCGUCAAGAACUGCCACGCCGAGCCAGGAGUCGCCGGAGCGAAGAGCGGAGCGGGAGAGAAGCUGCAACUGAUCGACGGAGGAUGCCCAACUCCGGCCGUCGCUCAGAAGCUCAUCCCUGGAGCCGUCGAAAUCAAAUCGUCGGCUGUGAAGACGACGAAGAUGCAGGCGUUCCGAUUCGAUUCUUCGUCCUCGAUCAGAGUGACCUGCGAAGUGGAGAUCUGCAAGGGAGACUGCGAACCGGUCGAGUGCGCACUGACCGGAGGAGUCAAGAAAUCGUUCGGAAGGAAGAAGAGAGAGGUCAACAACAACAUUGAAGAAUGUGAGUUUCCAAUCGGAUCCUAUCAAUAAGGUCUCUUCCGUUUUCAGUCGAAACUUCCCGUUACUUGAUCCCAAGAAGAUCGCACACCACCACCUCGCUCGUCAUCAUUGACCCCCUCCAACAGGUAUGCAUGAAAGUAGGCACAAUUCCUAAUCGAAUGCCCAAUCCCUCCCGUUUGCAGGUCAAUGAGCCAGUGGCCCUUUCGCGUUCUUCCACUCUGGACCUGCUCCGCGAGGACGCUCAGGAGGUGCAGGUGGCUCCGGAGGGCGGGAUCUGCCUCGCUCCGUCCACGUACGUCGCCAUCUUUGGAACUCUUUUCGUUCUGAUUCUCGUGCAAGCGGCCGUCGUUUCGCACUACGCAUUCCGCCGAUUCUCUUCGCCGAAGACCGUCGCCUAA